CUGGGGCGUUGCAGUGCGGGAUAGUGGGGGGCUUCGCGUGGUGGUGGCACCGCAGGGGGUUGGCACGUGUGAAGCGCUCCCCGAGCUGCUCCUCCCUGCUGAAAUAAAGGAAGCCCCGCUCUGGGGGUUUCCUCGGGGCUCAGGGCCCCCUCACUGCCUGCCGGGCCGUGAGACUCGAGGGAGGGGGAAACCGCAGUGAGGCGGCUUGGAAGGGAAAUCAAAAUAAAAGUAGGUUGCGGCAGAGCAGCGAAGCACACGGGCCGGUGUGUCGUGCAGACAAAAGACAAAACAGCAAACGUGCCCGGCCCAUCGCGGUACCUGCACCCCCCCUUCACCCUCCCCGGCCCGGCUGCUUCGUUCGGGGAAAUCCCGCCCCAAAAGCGGCUGUUUGCGGGUACCGUCUUCCCGGUGUCUGCACCCGGCCCUGCGCGGCCCCACUGCCAAUUUUAGGUCAGUGGCACAGGGAUAAGGGCCCUGUGUGGCUCACGGGGCUGUCGGCUGCGGUCAGAGCCAGCGGGACCAGCUGUCCGUGUCACCGCCCCGGGCACAACCAGCUCCGUGGGGCUCUCAGCCCUCAGUUCACCAAAAGUAACAAAAUCCGCCGAUUUCACCCCAAUAGGGUGGGCGAGGAAGUGGCCGUGAGAUGCCAUCGCCCAUGUGUGGUGAGGGGAUGGCAGUGAGGCCCCUCCGUAUUUCCUCUCCUAGCAAAUCUGGGGGCUCUGCCUGCAUGGUGCCCAGCACUGGGACUGGAAUAUCUGGCACUGGAGGGAGGGAAUGAAGCCGGAGCAAAGGCAUCAGAAUGGGGGUGCAGGGAAGGGAACAGGAUGGGGAGAAAUGUGCAGCAGGCUGGAGAAGUGUGCAGUGGCAUGCCAUGCCAGGCCGUGCCGUACAGUGCCAUGCAGUACUGUGCUGUGCCAUCAGGACUCCCUCUGCAGCAGCAGAACGCUGCGGGGCUAUUUCCACCUCUAGAACUCAGGCUGCAGGGCAGAUAAAGCAGGAGAUGAAAAGCCCCGGGGGGAAGAGCAGAGGGGUGGGAGAGCACAGAGCUGCAGGCUGCUUUGAGGGGAGGACGGAGUGUCGGGUUUGUUAGAGCAGAGAAGGGAAAGAAGUGAGAUUCUAUUCCAAAGGAAGGCAAGAGCCCCUGAAAAUGUCACUGGGUGGUACAAAUACUUUUUCCUUCCAUAUUGCAUGAAACACACCAGUAACAAGCCCAGAUUCCCUCUGCAGCCCCAUGAGCUCGCUCUGUGCCCAAAGGCAGCCGCAGCCACUUGCUUGGCACUGCAGCAGGGCAGAGCUUUGCCCACCGCUGCCCUUCACCUCCCAGCACCGCCGCACGGAUCUGCCAGAGCCCCGAUGAGAGGGCCGCCCUGCCCAUGGGAAACGAUCUUCCAUAACCUUUGCUUGUGCUGCAGGGCGAGCCGAGCUGUGCGGUAUUUCCUGUGGUUGCAGCAUCUAAAGAGGUUAACACUGUCACUGAGGUUAACCCUUCCGCUGACGGGGUGGGGGUGGAGGGGACAAACUGGGGCAAACAGGGAGGGCGGCACCAGCAGCCCUUGCUCUGCUCCCCCCGGGUUUUCCAGCCCUGAGCACUGGGAAACAGCGGCAGAGGAAUGGGCACGCACAGCCCCGUUCCUAUGGGCUGUCUCACUGAAGGCUUUGGGGAUAAGUCACAGAACUUAAAACAGUUCCUUGGUGAAAUGUGGGGUUUGGCAGCCCCCGCAGUGGUGGGGAUGGCAGCGUGAGGUGUCCAUUGCAGAGCACAAAGUGAGACGAGGGUAACGAAAUCACGGAGUUUGCCAGGAAAACAUCAUCCUGCAAGAGGGCAAGAAGCACACACGUGAGCCUGUUGCUUUAAGGGAUGCUGGGUUUUCCCAUGGACUGACUCAAAGUGGAAACUGUGCUUUCUCAGCAGGCAAUGUAGGUCAGUGCUGCCGGCAGUCGCUGCUGCUGCUCGCUGUGACCAGCAGUGAGGCUGCAAUGGGUCCCCAUCCCAUCGCCACGGGGCAGCAGCCCCACUCCUGUUGUCACCGCUCGGCUCCCGCGUGCUCCUGACCCCGGUAACAUCUGCAGGCCUGCAGGGCUGGGACGGCUUCUUUCUGCUUUGCUCUUUGCUUUUCAUCUAUUCGGCAACAGGGUGCUGGGGGAGUUGUAACAGAGAUGGGAUCAGAGAGACGUAUCUGGAGACGAGACUGCUCUCGUGCCUUCUGGCUCUGGAGUUUGCAAGUGCUGUAAAUUGGAAUGAAAACGUGUGCGUAAGAAAUGCCCUGAGGAGCAGAGCUGUGACUUCACGCUGCAACUGGCUGCCGAGGUGUGCGGGCGGCUGGGAGGCCUUCAGAGCCGCUCCCUGGGUCAGUUUGGCGCCUGGCUGCUCCUUAUGAACGCUUUCACUGUGCUUGAAGAAAAUGAGGUCAGCGCACACAUCCCGAAGGCUAUGCCCCGCACAGGCAGCAGCCGCAGCCCAGGCCAUGGCAGGAGGCGGAGAGGCUUUCGUGCUCCAUAUCCUGCUCUGCAUCCUGGGCAGAGGUGCUGCCCAAAUCAGGUGCCUGGGGCACGUGAGGAUCGAGCCGGGCUCAGUGGUGCCAAUGGGUUCCAACGUCUCCAUCACCUGUGUCUCGGCGCUGGACUGCCCGUGGGCGAGCCUCUCCAUCCUGCUCAACCUCACAGCCCCCGAGGGUCCCCCACGCCUUCUCAACAGCAGCGCAGCCCAGCUGCAGCUGCAUGGUUUCCGCCUGCCCUUCAGCAUCAUCACCUGCCUCGCCCGCUGCCCCAACAGCUACUGGAAUGAGGUGGUCUGCGGGACGGAGCUCUGGGCCGGCUACCCCCCGGAUCCCCCCGCCAACCUGAGCUGUGCCAUCCCCGAGCGCUCGGGGAGCCUGGCAUGCACGUGGGACGCCGGGCAGCCGACGCUGCUGCACACCAACUACAGCCUCCACCUGCGCAGGUAGGGGCCCACAGGCCCUGGGGAACCAGAUCAUA